AUGAGUGGACAAAUGGGUCGGCGAUUAUGCCAGGUUUACCUGGCAUUAUCAGUGUUACUUGUCAUUGUGGAGAUAUCAACGGCCCAGUAUUUUCUCGAGAUUCAAGAUCUAGAGCCAUCGGCUACCGGUCAUCACGAGGAGCACGGUGGUGGAGAGGAGCACCACGAGCAUCAUCACGGUGAGGGUGGAUCGAAGGAGGAGAAGGGUUACCACAAGCACCAUCACCAUCAUCACGGGGACAAGGGUCAUUACGAUGAGGAUCAUCAUGGAGGACAUCACGAGGAGCACGGCCACCACAAGAAGCAUCAUCACGACGAGCACGAUGAGCACGGCAGCCAUCACAAGAAGGGCCACGGCCACAAGGGCCACAAGCACGAGGCGCACAAGGGCCACAAGAAGGGAGAGAAGACCCACGGCUACCACAAGAAGGCCCACAAAGACGAGUACCACAAGGAGCACAAGUUCUACGAUGACCAUCACAAAGGGGGCCAUCACGAGAAGCAUGGGGAUCAUCAUGAACAUCAUGGACACAAAGCUGAGCAUCACAAGAAGGGCGGCAAGCAUCAUGAGGGACAUGAGCAUCAUCACAAGGGGAAGAAGGGACAUCAUGACAAGGGACAUCAUGACGAGGAUCAUCAUGGCUAUCAUGGGAAACAUGGACAUGAUAAGCAUCAUCAUCAUCAUGAGCAUCAUGGGAAGAAGGGACACCAUCAUGGCGGGAAGAAGCAUGGAUACGAGCAUGGUCAUCACUGA